AUGCCUGUAACACUUUUCACCAAGCUGGCGCUGAAAGCGAAGAAGGAAGCUCCUCCUUCCCGCAGAAGACAAAGCCAAAGCGAAGGCUCUGAAGACCAAGAAGGCAGUGCUGAAAAGGCGUCCACAGCCACAAGAAGAGGAUCUGCAUGUCCACCACCUUCCGGUGGCCCAAGACCCAGCACCUGUGUCGGCAGCCCAAACACCGCCCCCCGGAAGAGCGCCCCCAGGAGGAACAAGCUCGACCACCAUGCCAUCAUCAAGUUCCCCCUGACCACAGAGUCCGCUAUGAAGAAGACAGAACACAACAACAUCCUGGUGGAUGUCAAGGCCAACAAGCACCAGAUCAAACAAGCUAUGAAGAAGCUCUAG